AUGGAUUGGGUAAAAAACAACGUAGAAACCUUCAUCCCCAGGACCUGUAUCCAUGGAAUUGCAUUCGGAAACGAGUUUCUAGGCGGCGGUGAUCAUGAAAUCUGGGAGGUCCUGGUACCGGCAUUGAAAAACAUCCAGACUACUCUCGACCUCUUCCACCUAGCCGAAGAUGUUGAGGUUUCAAGCCCACAUUCUGCCGGUGUGUUCGCUAGUUCGUUCCCUCCGUCAGCUGGCGCGUCGAAGUCGAACCAGUACCCAAAUACAUAUUUGGUUCAAAUUGAAGGAGUUAACACGAAAGAGGAGGUAGGAUGGUAUCAAUGGAAACACAUGGCUUGCGUGUACAAGGCAAAGGUGAAGAAGAACGGAGCACAUUACAGGGAUCUAGGGUUAGAGUGUUCAUGUACCCAAGCAAUAUUUAAGGUGUCAUUGAUGCGAACCACAAUGGAGGAAAACAAGAAAUUUGCUGCUUUUAUUGCACAAAAAUUGAACAAAUCAUCUUCAAACAUGGUAAGACCAAGGGUAAAUUGUUCCGGAUUGAUGAUGAACGUGUAA